UUUAUGUGUAACUGUUAAGAGAAUGUUUCGGAAUGAUGCGAAAACCUCUGUUGAGUGUUUGACCAUUAUUGCCUCAUUUGUCAUCCUGAAGCAUUAAACUUCAAGACAUCUAAAGCAGAGUAUGCGUUUAUGUAUAUGGCGCAAGUUCAGAGCAAAAUUAGUUUCGGGAUAUGGGAUGACUCCAAUUAGAAUGUCUGCGAAAUUGGUUGGCCUUCUGGCUGCUUUGCAUCGAGGCAAUUUGCUACUUGGGAAUUGGGAUGUCUCGCAAUUUGUGACCAAAGUUACAUUUCUGCCAAUUUUUCUAGUCUAAAAUGGUAAUUAACAAAUGGUCAUGUGCUGGCAUCUUAAUAAAUUAAUCAAAGCAAGGCCAAAUUGUUAACAAAUAAUGCAAAUCAGGAUGAGCCUCAACUAAGCAGAAGGGUGAAAAACAAAAGUUGUUUCGGUCCAAGAUUCCUCAUUCCUAUAUAUUUACUAGGAUAAGCCCUCAAUUAAGCCAGGAGUCUUGAAAUGGAUUACUCCAUUCCCACAGUUGAUCUCUCACCUUUCUUUAGAGAAAAUGACGAGGAUGGCAAGAAGAAAGCCAUAGAAGUGAUAAGAGAAGCUUGCAGCACCUAUGGCUUCUUCCAAAUCGUGAACCAUGGGGUUCCUCCAACUUUGUUGUGCAGAGCCCUGGAAUUGUCCAAAACAUUUUUCGGAUAUUCAGAUGAAGAGAAACUCAAAUCUAGUCCAGGAUCUGGUGCGCCCCUUCCAGCUGGUUACAGCAGGCAGCCUCUGCACUCCCCGGACAAGAAUGAGUAUAUGCUGAUGUUUCCACCAUCGUCUACCUUCAACGUGUACCCUGAAAACCCACCUGAAUUCAAGGAGGUAUUGGAAGAAGUGUUCUCCCAUUUGACCAAGACAUGCUCGCUUAUAGAGAGCAUUGUGAAUGAGUGUUUAGAUCUCCCUCCCAAUUUCCUCAAAGAAUAUAAUCAUGAUAGGAGCUGGGAUUUCAUGGCAGCUUUGCGUUACUUCCCGGCUACUGAAGCUGAAAAUAAUGGAAUAACGGAACAUGAAGAUGGGAAUUGUGUUACAUUUGUGUUCCAAGAUCAAGUUGGAGGCCUGGAGGUUAAGAAGAACGAUCAAUGGAUACCAGUAACUCCUGCUCAAGACACAAUUGUUGUCAAUUUAGGAGAUGUUAUUCAGGUACUGAGCAACAACAAACUGAAGAGUGCAACCCACAGAGUGGUGAGAGUGAAAGGGAAAAGCCGAUACUCGUAUGCUUUCUUCUAUAACUUGCAGGGAGAUAAGUGGGUAGAACCAUUGCCACAAUUCUCUAAGGACAUUGGAGAGCCGCCAAAGUACAGAGGAUUCUUAUACAAGGAGUACCAGGCAUUAAGGAUGAGAAACAAGACUCACCCCCCUACCAAACCUGAAGAUGUAAUUCACAUAACCCACUAUGCUACAACUACCUAGCAAAAUGCCAUAUCAUCCAACAUUCAUUUGUUUUGCAGCUUCUUUAAGUGUUCUUUCUAAACUUCUGUUGACUGAUUCUGGAAUGUGCAAAUUAUUGAAAAUGGCUAUUGACAGUGUAUUGAUUCAAUGUUUUGGUAUAA